UAUAAUUUAGUUUUGUUCUCUGUUUCUCUUUAACAGGCAACUGCGAUGUCAGUGGAUUGCCUGGGACAGCGUGCGGUACUCUCAGGCCGCCGUUUCCUCUACAUAGUCAACCUGGAUGCACCAAAUGAGGGUCAUCGAAAGAUCUCCCGACAGAGCAAGUGGGACAUUGGGGCAGUGCAGUGGAACCCGCAUGACAGCUAUGCCUACUACUUUGCAGCUUCGAGCAAUCAGCGAGUUGACCUGUAUAAGUGGAAGGAAGGUAACGGUGAAGUUUGCACAUCUCUGCAAGGACACACACGUGUGAUCAGCGACUUGGACUGGGCGGUGUUUGAGCCAGACCUGCUGGUCACCAGUUCUGUUGACACAUACAUCUACAUCUGGGACAUCAAAGACACCAGGAAGCCUACAGUCUCACUCUCUGCAGUCGCUGGAGCUUCCCAGGUCAAAUGGAACAAGAAAAAUACCAACUGUUUAGCAACAAGCCACGAUGGGGAUGUCCGAAUAUGGGACAAAAGGAAACCCAGCACUGCAGUAGAGUAUUUGGCAGCUCAUCUCUCUAAAAUCCACGGUCUGGAUUGGCAUCCUGACAAUGAGUAUACGCUGGCCACUUCCAGCCAGGACAACUCUGUCAGGUUCUGGGAUUACCGUCAGCCUCGGAAAUACCUCAAUAUCCUUCCCUGCCAGGUUCCCGUCUGGAAGGCAAGAUACACGCCUUUCAGCAAUGGGCUGGUGACAGUGAUGGUCCCUCAGCUCCGUCGGGAGAACAGUCUCCUUCUCUGGAAUGUCUUUGACUUGAACACGCCUGUCCACACUUUUGUGGGACAUGAUGACGUGGUGCUGGAGUUUCAGUGGAGGAAGCAGAAAGAAGGUUCUAAAGACUACCAGCUGGUUACGUGGUCCCGUGAUCAGACUCUGCGGAUGUGGCGGAUUGACUCUCAGCUGCAGAGGCUGUGCGCUAACGAUAUCCUGGAUGGAGUUGAGGACCUCAUCGAUGGGAUUUCUCAUCUGCCAGAGCCAGACAAGACCCUUCACCCCCAGGACUCGGAGCCCCAGCAUAACUCUGGACAUGGGGAUGAGGAAGCCUUAAAAGAAGAUUUCCUGAAUGACCCCCUGGUGGGAGAGAAAACGGACCAACUGGGACUGCCUCAAACACUGCAGCAGGAGUUUUCACUGAUCAAUGUGCAGAUCCGAAAUGUCAAUGUGGAGAUGGAUGCGGUGAGUCGUAGCUGUACAGUGUCAGUGCACUGUGGCAACCACAGAGUCAGGAUGCUGGUGAUGUUCCCUGUCCAGUACCCCAAUAAUGCUGCACCGUCCUUCCAGUUCAUCAGCCCAACCUCGAUCACUGCCUCCAUGAAAGCAAAGCUGCUGAAGAUAUUGAAAGACACUUCUCUGCAGAAAGUGAAGCGGAACCAGAGCUGCCUGGAGCCCUGCCUGCGUCAGCUGGUCUCCUGGCUGGAGUCUGUUGUGAACCAAGAGGACAGCACGUCCAGCAAUCCCUACGCUUUGUCAAACUCCGUAACACCCCCCUUGCCCACGUUCGCCCGGGUCUCCAAUGCCUAUGGCUCCUACCAGGACUCUAACAUCCCAUUUCCACGGACCUCUGGAGCCAGGUUCUGUGGUGCAGGCUACCUGGUGUAUUUCACGAGACCCAUGACCAUGCACCGUGCAGUGUCCCCGACGGAGCCCACACCCAGGUCCCUGUCAGCUUUAUCAGCGUACCAUAGUGGCCUCAUUACUCCAAUGAAGAUCCGCACAGAGACUCCAGGCAAUCUGCGUUUGUACAGUGGGAGUCCAACACGCAGUGAGAAAGAACAGGUCUCCAUUAGCUCCUUCUACUACAAAGAGAGGAAAUCAAGGAGGUGGAAAAGCAAACGAGAAGGGACAGAUGCCAACAACCGACCCAUCAAAGCCGCUGGGAAAGUUAUUAUCCAAGAUAUUUCCUGCUUGCUGCCUGUCCACAAGCUGCUGGGAGAGCUCUACAUACUGAAUGUGAAUAAUAUCCAGGAGACUUGCCAGAAGAAUGCCGCCUCAGCCUUGGCUGUGGGACGGAGGGAUCUCGUACAGGUUUGGUCACUGGCCAUGGUCGCCACUGAUCUCUGUCUUGGACCGAAGUCUGACCCAGAUUUGGAGAUACCUUGGGCACAACAUCCAUUUGGACGCCAAUUACUGGAGUCCUUGCUGGCUCACUACUCACAGCUCCACGAUGUGCAGACCCUGGCCAUGCUGUGCAGCGUGUUUGAAGCCCAAUCCAGGCUACAGGGCUGCCCAAACUCCUAUGGCCCCUUUCCUCAGCGUGCCUCCAACCUGGCCUCCCACAGCCGAUAUCCCAGCUUUACUUCCUCUGGCUCCUGUUCCAGCAUGUCAGAUCCUGGACUUGGCACUGGAGGCUGGAGCAUAGCAAACAAAGACAUGGAGCAGGCCUCCACUCCCUGGUGCGAGUCUUCUCCAGAUGACUUCCGUUACGGAAACCUAAUGUAUCCUGAUCAUCGGGAGCGUGAGAAAGACCAGCAUGAGAAAAACAAAAGGCUCCUGGAUCCUGCCAAUACUCAGCAAUUUGAUGACUUUAAGAAGUGCUAUGGAGAAAUCCUUUAUCGCUGGGGCCUGCGAGAGAAGCGGGCUGAGGUUCUGAAGUUUGUCUCUUGUCCUCCUGAUCCCCACAAAGGAAUUGAGUUCGGCGUGUACUGCAGCCACUGCCGCAGUGAGGUGCGUGGCACCCAGUGUGCCAUCUGCAAGGGCUUCACUUUCCAGUGCGCUAUCUGUCACGUGGCAGUGCGAGGCUCCUCUAAUUUCUGCCUGACAUGCGGACACGGAGGCCACACCAGCCAUAUGAUGGAGUGGUUUCGCACCCAGGAGGUGUGCCCCACAGGCUGUGGAUGCCAUUGUCUGCUCGAGAGCACCUUCUGAGCCGUCCUGACAGCAGGGCGCCUGUGAACUGGAUUUAAUACUUAAUUCCCAAGCCAUGUUGAACCAGCUCUGCUCCACAGUGUCUGGAGGAGAUGCCACAGGGAGCUGAAGCAGGAUGUCCUGGUGGUGCACUGCAGUGACGUUUACAAGUGCUUCCAGUAUUCCUACACUUCCCAGGUUGCUUUCAGACUGAUUUGACCAAACUCCCUGUGUCCAUUGCUGGCAAUGGAUGCCAGACCAGAAAAAUUGCUCUCUCCUGCAGAAGAGUGUGUGAAUAUUGGCUAGUCUCUGCUGGGAUGAGGAGGUGUUAAAAAGCUCCUUUGGAAACAGCUCGCCUGGCAGAGCACAACUCAUUCCAGCUACGUAGUGUCUUUCCAGGUGCCUCGUUACAGGGGCUCAAAGUGAGCAAAAUAGUCGUCUUUGCACAGUUAAGGCAGAAAUAAUUUGCAACCAACGGUGAGCUCUAAAGGCGAACUGUAAACUGCGCUCAAAGAGCAAACAGUCCAUGGGACUGUGCUCAGAGUUACUUUUGGAAGCAACAGGGUCCUUAUUUUGAAUGUCUUGUUUACAUCGUUUAGAUUGCCCCAUAAAGCAAAAGAAUGAAAGUAUGUUUUUCAGGAUUACUUCCUAAAUAGCUUCCUAAUCACUGGUCAGUGUCUGCGGCUGGUGUGAAGAGCCCAGCCACAUGCCCGAGGUCACUAGGAUUAAUUGCUUUCUUCAAGCAGUUUUAGUACCAUUACUCUUAAGGGUCUCCAUCUCCUGCUCUGACCCAGUGAUACAAUGCACUUUAACUUGCCUGUCCCUGCCUUGUCAGUGACAUGUCCUGGUGACUGGGAAAGGCACCUGCCUUUUGAGUUUGGGAUCCACACAGCGUUUCCAUGGAUGGUGGCAUCUGAGGGCAUUUUGGAAAGCCUUUGCUUCCUUACUGGGAAAACACAAGGAGGACGCUUGCUCCAUGCAACUCCUUUGGCUGUUUUCUCCAGACUCUAUGGAGGGAAUCAAUGAAUAAUUUGAGAUUUGCUGCUGAUGUGCUUGAGUGGCGAGGCUCCUGAGCUGGGGAGGCAGCAAUUUCUAGGGGAAAAGGGGUUUUGGAAGGGUGGUGGGAUUCAUGGAGGCAAAAGGUUUGUGCCUUUUCUUCCUCUGGAGCUUCAAUUGGAGAAUGUACCGGAUUAAUCUGUCUGUUUGGGGCUGUGCCUGCUGGGCACUCCCGUCCCGGGCAUGCUGCUGUGUGGUUGCAUGCACACCCCGAGCACGCAGCCUGUGCCUCUCCUGAGCAGGCUUCCACCUGAGCUUUGGUUUUGGGCAAAUGUGUGGUCAGGGACGAGCCCGCUGGAGUAACCCGCCAGCCCAUGCCAGCACGGAUCCCUUCCUCCCGCGCUUGCCUGCUGAGCAGGGCCAUGUGCUGUGCCUGCUCCCAACCUUUGUGCUAACUCAGGCUGGGGGAUCCUGCCGUGGAGUAAA